GUACAGGUGGUUCAUCAGCUUCCACUGACUCUCGCCUAUUCUCCGACAUUCUAAGAGCUAUUGCUAUGAAUUCCUCAUCGUUAAACUCCUCUGUCGGGUCCAGUACUUCAAGUAUUUGCGAUGCUACAAUUAAUUUGAAAAGCAAAUUAACAAGUAUUAUCAAAAAAUCGAAUACUAUUUUUGUCGGCGAGUAUUUGGAGCGGCGAUUGGUCAAGAAUCAUCCGUCUCCUGUUUACAAAGAUAUUGUUGUAGUUGACAAAGAUGAAGAGAUUGUCAAAAUUUUAAAACAAAUUUAUAAUGUUGUUAGAGAAGAACUCAAUGGAGAAAAAUCUCUUGGAAUUACUAGAACAAUUAUCGAUGACGAAGUUCAAGAUUAUAAAUUAUGGGUUGACUUGGACCCAACUCCACUCGGCAAAUAUUGGCUCCAAAUAAAAUCCGUCAAAAUUUACGACAACACUGUCCAGUUUAAUUUGAAACGUUUAAAAUCAUUUCACAAUACGUCUCAAAGAUCAACUAUCCCGGAAGAAUAUCCCGAAUUCGAUAUAAAUGAAAUUUUGACGUAUCACAAUUUUGUAGAAGCCUCAAAAUUUCUCGCAGUUGUCUUAAUGAGCCUGAUAACACUCCUCGCGAAUUUCCUCUGGUACUUUGCUGAUUUCAGUAUUAAAAUAACCCACGAGUUAUCGAAUUUAGUCAGAGCAUUGACGCCGAUAUUAUUCGGCCUCUGUGAAUUUUUGAGCCGAUGCGUGGGAGGAUUGUACUGGCUGAUCUUUAUGCUCUGUCGAGGGACCAGUGUAGCCCCUCCAAGACAGCCGAUAGCUCUCAUGCCUAACAAUGUUUAUUUGGUGAUUCCAAUAACACCACAGGCCAAACGAGCUCCAGCGUUACCAGUUGUUGAUGACAGCUCGUGGCCACCUUUGCCCAAGUCAUCGGGGUCAGCA